UGCGACCGGAUGCCUUCAUCUCUUGCUUCCUGGUGGUCCGACUCAAAGAGAUUGUCUGGUACUUAAAUCCAGGAAUGGAUGGGCGUAUCUGCAUGAGCAUCGACUUGUUUGAUAUGAAUUGCGGCUGAAUCCGACCGUAUCUCGACUGUAAGGAAUGAAACGGACAAUAUCACAAGCUCAGCAGGACGAGAACACGCCCCCCGCAUCUACAGAGACCAUCAUCGCUGGUAAAGACGAGGAUAUCAUCAUGGCGCCGAGUGUUGACAAUGAGGGAUUCACCGAUCGUGUCGAGUCCUCCGAUGGAGUCACUACGGUAGCUGUCGUGGGUGCUGGGCCGUCGGGGUUGAUGUUGGCGUCAAACUUGGCACGAUACGGCGUGAAUGUUAGGAUCUUCGAUGACCGUCCCGAGGCCACUUCCACAGGAAGAGCAGAUGGGAUCCAACCCAAGACCAUCGAGACGUUCAAACAGCUCCGUCUUGCCGAUAGCCUGCUCCGGAAGGGCGUGAAGAUCUAUGACAUUUGCUUCUGGCAAUCUACGGAGAAAGAGGCUCUUCACCGCACGGGCAGACAAGCCCAUUAUCCCGACGAACUAGUCGGCGCUCAAGACCCGUACAUUCUGCUAGUCCACCAGGGAAUGGUCGAAGAUGUCUUGAUCCAGGAUCUAGCGGAUCGCGGUGUCUCCGUCGACAGGGCAUCGCCCUUUGCCAGCUGCUCCGUACAAAACGGGGUAGUGAAUGUCGUCUGCGAUGAUCUCCUCAACAAGCGCCAUAAGACCGUCAAAGCAAGUUACCUGGUAGGCUGUGAUGGAUCCCGGUCUAUUGUGCGGCCGUAUAUUCCCAAUGCUCAGUUAAAGGGGAAGCUCACCAGCGCUUCUUGGGGUGUCUUGGACGGGGUAAUUGAUACCGACUUCCCCGAUAUCUGGAGCAAAGUUGCUGUUCGCUCUGAUGCGGGAUCCGUUCUCUGCAUUCCUCGCGAGCGGAACAUGACGAGAUUGUACAUCGAGUUGAGCUCAGAAGAUGGGGAGCUCGUUCCCAAAUCUGUGGCCAACCAGGAAUACGUUAUGAAGAAGGCGCGCGAGAUCAUGCAUCCAUUCCGGCUGGAAUGGAAGAGUGUUGAGUGGUUCGGCAACUAUAUCAUCGGCCAGCGAGUCUCUCCUCAGUUUUCUGACGAGAAGAAUCAAAUCUUCAUUGCUGGUGAUGCCGCCCAUACGCAUUCUCCCAAAGCAGCCCAAGGCAUGAACACCAGCAUGCACGACACCUUCAAUCUUGCCUGGAAGCUCAAUCUCGCAUCUCGGGGUCUUUCCCUUCCCACGCUCCUGGACACAUACCAAGACGAACGACACAAGAUCGCGCAAGACCUGAUCAACUUCGACAUCGAGCACGUCAAAGCCUUCGCAAAGGGCGAGGCAGCCCUAUCCAAGAACUUUGACGACAACAUCCGGUUCAUCUCAGGCGUCGGAGCCGAGUACGAUGCCAACAUCCUGAACCAACCAGCAGACAGUAACCUUAAAUGCCAAUUGAAACCCGGCGCUCUGCCCCCUCCAGCCAAGGUAGCCCGCUACAUCGACGCGAACCCGGUCGACCUCCAACUCGACAUCCCGCUCCUCAGUCAAUUCCGUGUCUACUUCUUCAUUCCGGACAUCCAUGCCGCCAAGGACUUUCUCUCCUCCGUCUGCGCAUAUAUCAGUAAAGAGGACUCGUUUUUCUCCGCGGUUACCGCACUGGCGGAGAAGUCUUAUUCCGCACACCCACAGCCCUCGACGGAAUCGGAUAGCUUUAUCCAGCCGCAGCGGUACACGACUGUCUCGAAGAUGUUCACCUACGCUCUUGUGACGCGUACACCGAAGCCGACAUUCGAAAUCGCAGACCUCCCGUCCAUCCUGAAGGAAAGUCCGUGGACCGUGUACCUUGAUGACGUCACGUCGCCGGGCUGCACGGAAAAAUACCUGGGAGAUCUUGAUAAGACGAGCGCGGCCAUUGUGAAUGUGCGACCGGAUGGGUACAUUGGUAGCAUUGGGACAUGGAGGGUGGAUUCUACGACUGGUGAAGAGGCAGGGAAGUGGUUGGAGGGGUACUAUGCCGGGUUUUUGAAGCAUUGAUUUUUUCUCUUGAGCAUUGUAGUUAAACUUUGGAUAUGUAACGCAUUACUUAUGAUGUCUAGUCUUGUUAGUACAGUGAUUAAUGAUCCAUGA